AUGAAGGACGUGAGUGAAAUAGACAAGAUUGCCAUAUUCACCUGGGGCCGCUGUCUCGAACGCGCACAGAUGAUCUACCAUCGGUAUUCUAUUGCCCACGAUGCGAUUAGCGUUUCUAAGACCGUCAAAACAUUCCACCACGGCACGUUUCCUGCGAAGCACGUUGCUGCCAAGUUCCUUGUGAAUCACAUUAUGAUCCUCGCCAUUGUCAAGCAGAAUAACUGCCUCACGAAAUUUCACCACAAGCAAAUGCCAGCGGAUGUGGAUGAGCUGCUGGCACAACAUUCAAGCUGCGUCGACCCAGCAGGAUCCUGGUAUGUGACUGGAUUCAGCAUGCGUGGAAGUCACUUCCUGCUACUACAAUUUCUAGUGGGUUCAAGCGAAACAGAGAGUAAGGUCUUUGAAGCAGCAGUUAAAGUCGCUGACCCAGAGCUAAAUCAUCAAGAUCACGAGCGAGACGCCUUCUUCUUGGAAGACAUUGUGUCUGAGCUAAGGACUGCAGAAAAACAGGCGUUUUUCGACAGAUAUCAGCGUAGUCGGGAAGCUCAAGCGACUCUAAUGCAGACGGUUCUACUAAGUGAGCUUUGGUUUGCUCUAGAGCAGGUCACAGAGCUAAGUGUUGUGAAGAACCUGAAGCCGUGCAACCGGUUCAUGAUCUGUAGAGCUCAAGAUUUGGUCAUUCCCGAAUUCGCGACCCCCCCACUGCUACCCGCCGCCCGUAUGAUGAAGAGGCGCAAGUUGAUGAAGAGGCACAAGCAGCCGCCGCAGCACAGCCACGAAGAGCGCAGUGACGAGGUCAACGUUGAUGCCGACGCAAGCGAUCCCGUGAAGCCAGCGCAGCCGUCCGUUCCACCGAAUCAAGCGUAUUCAAUCGGUAUUAUGAGUACUGGUGUGUUGGAACGGGCUUCCUGUAUCGGCCCAACAAAUACGCAACUUGAUGAAUGCUCGUUUUGGACACGGAAGAGCCAAGGCUUGAAGAACGUCAUGUUCGAGUUUGCUGCGGACGAAACUUACAAGGAGCGCUUCUACAAGGCGACUGGGACCAAACUAUAG